AUGGUCCCCGGGGCCCCCAGCACGACCACCACCAUGCUCCCCGCCUCCGAGGCUGCCAAAAUCUACCAGACCAACUACGUGCGUAACUCCCGCGCCAUCGGCGUCCUGUGGGCCAUCUUCACCAUCCUCUUCGCCAUCGUCAACGUGGUGUGCUUCAUCCAGCCGUACUGGAUCGGAGACGGCAUGGACACACCGCAGGCAGGCUACUUCGGUCUGUUCCACUACUGCAUCGGGAACGGGCUGUCCCGGGACUUGACCUGUCAGGGCAGCUUCACCGAGUUCAGCAGCAUCCCCUCCGGUGCGUUCAAGGCCGCCUCCUUCUUCAUCGGCAUGUCCAUGCUGCUGGUCCUCACCUGCAUCGGCUGCUUCGCGCUCUUCUUCUUCUGCAGCACCGGCACCGUCUACAAGAUCUGCGGCUGGAUGCAGCUGGCUGCAGGUACAUGUCUGAUCCUGGGCUGCAUGAUCUACCCAGACGGCUGGGACAGCGAUGAGGUGAAACGGAUGUGGGGCGAGCAGACGGACAAGUACACACUGGGGGCCUGCUCGGUACGCUGGGCCUACAUCCUGGCCAUCAUGGGCAUCAUGGACGCUCUCAUCCUCUCCUUCCUGGCCUUCGUCCUGGGAAACCGCCAAGACAGUCUGAUGUCUGAGGAGCUGCUGGGAGACAAGCCCGGUAAUAACGCCAUAUAA